GCUAGCCAGCCAGCCACCGACCGCAUGCAUGCAAGGGGCAUUGUUUUGUGGUUGUAUGACUCAGAUGUGUGUGGCCUUGGUCUUGUGGAUGAAUACAGUUGAAGUGUUGAAAGGGGACUAUUGGCCUCAAAGAGGUGAGGCAUCAUGUUGACCAGCAUCACAGAUGGCAUCCUCUGCUGCCUAACGGGCAAGAGUGGCAGCAGCGUGGUCCUGCCAGUGGAGCCGUCAGGCGCCACAGACGGCUUUGAGUUCGUGGAGGUGAAGCCGGGCAGGGUGCUACGCGUGCGCCACAUCAUUCCCGAGCAGCCGCCAAAACCCGACCCGGAGCAGUGUCAGACUGCCACGGACCAGGACCAAGACCAAGACCAAGAUCAAACCCGAGACCAAGAUCAAGAGCAAGAUCAAGAUCAGAGCAAGGAUGAGAGUACGGACCUUAAGACGGACAAACAGCAAGAACAACAGCAGCAGGAGGGGAAGGAGGAGAAGCCGUCGAGUAAGGGGCAGGGGGGAAGCACUGUCCACUGCAAGCGCAAGAUCACGGUGUACCGCAACGGACAGCUGGUGAUCGAGAACCUGGGCGACGUGCUGCACUCGGAGAUCCUACAGUGCCAGAACGGAGACGUGGAGCCCUGCACCACCCUGGAGGUGGAGCUGUCCGACUACAGCAGCGUCGCCAACGCUCCGGUGACCCCUGACCCCCAGCCCACCCCGCUGCCCCCGCCCACCUCCGCCACCCUCAGCAACGGUUCCGCUGUAUCUGGGCAACAGAAGCCAGCGCCCCCUCCCCGUCGCAAGCGGCGAAAGCCGAAGCGCACGGUGCUGAUUGACUCCGAGAGGAACAUCUCGAGCUGCAAAGGGACGGACUCGGACGUGGCGCUGUUCUUCGUGCACGGCGUGGGCGGGUCGCUCGAUAUCUGGGGAAGCCAGCUGGACUUCUUCUCGCGUCUGGGCUACGAGGUCAUCGCGCCGGAUCUGGCGGGUCAUGGAGCCAGCAAGGCACCGCAGAUCGCCGCCGCGUACACCUUCUACGCGCUCGCCGAGGACCUGCGCGCCAUCUUCAAGCGAUAUGCACGCAAACGCAACAUCCUCAUUGGCCACUCGUACGGUGUAUCCUUCUGCACGUUCCUGGCGCACGAGUACCCGGAGCAGGUGCACAAAGUGGUGAUGAUAAACGGCGGGGGUCCCACGGCCCUGGAGCCCAGCCUGUGCUCCAUCUUCCAGCUCCCCUCCUGCGUCCUGCACUGCCUGUCCCCAUGCCUGGCCUGGAGCUUCCUCAAGGCCGGCUUUGCUCGCCAGGGCUCCAAAGAGAAGCAGCUCCUGAAGGAAGGAAACGCCUUCAACGUGUCGCCGUUCGUGCUGCGCGCCAUGAUGAGCGGGCAGUACUGGCCCGAGGGAGACGAGGUGUACCACGCCGAGCUCACCGUGCCCAUCCUGCUCGUGCACGGCAUGUUCGACAAGUUCGUGCCCAUGGACGAGGACCAACGCAUGGCUGAGAUCCUGCUGUUUGCGUUCCUGAAGGUGAUCGAGGAGGGCAGCCACAUGGUGAUGAUGGAGUGCCCGGAGACGGUCAACACGCUGCUCCACGAGUUCUUCCUCUGGGAGCCCGACAUGUCCAAAAAACCAGACACGACCUCCGCCGGCACCACCACCGCCGCGACCAAGACCGUCACCAUCACUCCGGCCCUCGAGUCGUCCGUGCCCACGGCUCCCAAAGCCAACAACAAGCCCCCGAACAAGUAGCCGACGAGUGCUCGCUCAUGGAGUGUGGCGACGACGCUUUUGAGGGGCUGUUUUGUUUUUUCGAGGAAAAGAGAAAAUGGCUGGUUUUGCUCUUGGCUUGCACCUCUCGUUAGCAGACAUAAGGCUGUUUGUUGUUUGUGGCGUGAGCAGCACAAAGUGACUGUGCCUAGGGAGAGGCCUAGGGUACAGGUGGGUGAAGCUGCCAUGUCAAAGCACGUCGAGUGAAGAAAUGCAUUAACAUUUCCACUUGUGAUCACAAGAUGAGGGGAGAGGGCAACCAAGGGAAGACUCACUCCGAGGACACUCAUAUAAUAUGGUGGCCUGAACGUUUCUGUUGCCUUCGUGAUCUAAAAAGAAAAUAACAUCUUUUCGUCCUUGUGGUGUCAAAAAUCAACUGGACAUAUAACGUACGCAUAAUGUUUGUGAUUCUCUUGGAAGACCCGAAGUCACUCUCUGUGUUUGUGCGUGUAUGCUGGUGGACGGAGGACUUGCAAUGGACUGCAAUGAUUGUACCCCUACGUUAGCUACUGGUAAACCAGACAUCGAAAAGGGGAGGGGACCACUUUUGAAGCUAUGACAAGAACAAAUGUCUUUCCCUGUACCAAUUGUUGUGUGGAUCAUGGCUAACUGCUCAGUACUGUUACAGCUUAGUAAUGCUACAGCGACCACUAAUAAUAUAGUGAUAGUUACGUCUUCCCUCCAGUUACUACAUAACAAAAACAUCAACCGGUGACAAGGUGCGAGAUACACGCACGCAUGGGCUCAUGGUAACAUUGAGAUCGUCGUUUGACAUCCACUUGAGUGUCUUUUGUGAGAGAGCUGGAGGAAGGGAGUGGGAAGUGACACAUCUGUUGGAUGUUAGUAUUUGCAGAGUGAUUUCCCCUGCACAUCCGUAAGAGGGGGGAAGGAUGGUGUUACGUGGGAACAGAAAUCACCUGGAGAACGUUGACUAGUCUAGAAAAUUCAGCCCAGUGCAGUGCAGUCCACGCCAUUUACUUCAUAUUGAAGCCGGUGAAAUUGAAAUGGUCAGAAAGACAGAAUUAGUCACCAUUCAUUUUACAAAAAAGUCAGACGCAGAAAGAAUUGGACGGAGCUGCUAGGACACUACUGUACCUGUAUAUGUCAAUUAUGUAUAUUCUGAUCAUUACACAAGCAAGCACAAAUUCAUAAAGAACAUGAACCACUGAGACGCUGCAUUUGGAGGUUUAAAAUUCUUGAAGUCUUGAAGUCGCCAGUGUCGAAUGUCCAAAUGUGGAUCACUAAUGCCAUUUAAAUAUACAUGACAAUCAUGGCACUGGGAUGGAUGUCUGAUGGGUCGGCCAUUUUGUAUGCAUUGCUAGGUCCACAGUCUUAACUCUAGAUGGAUGAUUUCUGUCUAUGCAAAGGAAAGGGGAGCAACUGUUCACUCAGUCAUGUUACCAUGCCAACCGUGUGAGUGUGUCACCAAAACAUUUCCAGACUAGCUUGAGAUAGCUUUCUUUCUCCCCUGAUUGGGUCAGUAUAAGCUCAUAAGCAUGUAUUAAAGGGAGUCUUUCUUGACAGGUGUAUUCACAAGUAAUAAUGAUUAUACUUACUGUAAAAAAAAGAAUAAUAAUACAAGAAUUGGUGCACAGAAGCGAUAUGCCGAAUAGCCAUAUCUAGGAUUGUGAUAUGACGAUUGAAAAGCCUAAAUGGAAUGGAUUUUAAUAUAUCAAAUAACCAAUAUUAAGCUUUCUUUGUAUAAAGACCAUCUCACACUAUCUAUGGUGUAAAUCAAAGACAGAUAUAAGCUUGUUUCUUAAUACUCUGAGACACAGUCUAAAAUACCUAACAUGAACUUUGGGAGGUACAGUAGGCUACAUCAACAAACAUUUAUCACAUGAGAUGGCCUUUUCUGCUGUUGGGCUUUUAUGAAGAAUUGACUUGACUGAUAUUCAGUCAAGCACAAUGGCCCAAGAAGUGUAUCACAGUGUAGACACCGCAGCUCUCUCUCCAAAGCUCUUGGCCUUGUAACAGUGAGCCUACAGUAUAACACAGGCAUUUACACAUUUAAUUCCCUCUUCCCCUCUCUACCACAAGCCUUGUUUUUUUAAGAGUAGACCAUAAUCCUUCGUGAUGUGUGUGUGAACACAGUGUCACUAACUGACGGUUCUGUGUUAUGAUGUCACCACGAACUCAAGCAACCGUUUUGGCCUUGGUAAAUUCUAGAACUACGUGGUAGAAUUCUGGGUGAUGUGUAAAGACAACACUCUCCUCGAAGGGUCAAGUGGUCAUGUCGUGGCUAUGGCAGUGCUGUUACAGAGGCCACGAGGAUACACAUUUUCCACGACGCACAAAACAAAACCAAACGGAGACUAAAAUUCCAGAUAUAUGCAUUAUAAGCAAGCACCAAUGCAUACACCAAGUAUUUAUUAUGCAGAGGUGUUAGGAGUGAGGGAUGCAUAGGUUUUACAGGUGUCUGCGGAGGUCUCUCAUGUGUUCAGGCAUAUUAAAUUACAUUAUUGAUAUCUUGGAUGAUAUGAUUCACAAUGUAUCAUUAUAACGGGGAUAUAACUGGAGACGUCAGAAUGACUCUGUGCUUAACGGUGUAUGGCAAAACUGUAAGGUCACUGUAAAGUCACUUGUUUGCAGUUGUUUCAGCUGUGGCCUGCAGAUGGCGCCUGUAAUGCUACAAUGGUCCACAACACGCUGUCCUAAGACCCAGCAACUGAAAGGCGAGAUUUUUCUAUACAUGAAGUGUAAGUGGUACUUCAGAUGUGUACCUGUGCAGAGAAGACGUUUAUGUCUGUAGCAAUAACUACUCUGCAGACACCACGUGAAUAGGCCUGCAUAAACAUUGCUCCAUUUGGGUACAGCCAGGGUCAUUUAAGGCACUAGUCUACCCUUCAGCAGUGUGUCACUGUCAGACUCUUAAGAUCUACACACCUAACAGUACAUGAGCGACAAUUAUGUUCCCUUCAGGUCCUGCAGGGAUACCAUCGCACCCCCUAGAAAUAUGCUACCUGUUGCAGAGGCCACCUGCGCUUGCCUUGGUUCCAUUGGGCUUUCCUCUUCUUUUAAUGACCUGAAAUUAAAAUCUGCUGUAUCUGCUGAUGCACCUCCCCUGCUUUUUAAAACUAUACAUAACGCUCUCUAUACAGAUGGGCCUGUAAGAAAGAAAUUAACGGAUGGAUGGAUGGAUGCUCGAAUGGGUGAAUGGAUGGAUGUAUAUAGCUGUCACUCAGCUUGAACUAUGAUUUCCCGAUGAAAAUAAAAACGCAGUCCUAUCCCUAAACAGUAUACCCCUUGCAAAGUCUAAUGCUGUGUUAUCAGUGAAUGGACAUCAAUACCAAUGAUAUACUUGGGUGUUCUAGUUCUGCCCCCCCUUUCAUGUGUGUUAAAAGAAAAAAAGAAAAACAGUAAACAAAACAAAUGUUCUCCAGAGUACUGCUUUAUGUGGUUCAACCCUAUGUUCAAGUCUAUGUGGCAUUUAUCAGUGGAAAAGAAGAAAAUGUAAGACAUGCACUGCCUGGCAAAGUGUGCAUAUAAAAUAA